GCCAGCGCGGACCCCCCCCAGCCUUCGAGCCCUCGCGCUCUCCUCCUCGGCCAGGACUACGGCUACGUUCAGACGACCAGGCCGGAAGUGCUGAAGAACUUCAUCCAGAUGGAGCCCGUGGUCAGCCAACACUUCAGCCUCCUGGACCUCAGCACUGUCGGCCUGUUUGGAGCAGACACCCAGCAAAACAAAGUGGCCCCCAGCUGCGCAGCUGCCCGUCCUGUCCUGCCUCUGCGGGGAGAACAGGGUGCACGGCCAGAGGUCUUCCUCGAUGUGGUUGAGCGUCUCUCUGUUGUCAUUGCGGCAAAUGGCACUCCCAUGAAAACUGAUGUCCAGGGGGAAAUUCGGCUCAAGAGCUUCUUUCCUGGGUGUUCAGGUGAGGAUUUGGGUCGCCUCCUGGUGAAGACGGGAUGA